UUCAAUAGUAUUUUCUAGUUAGAAUUAGAAGUGUUUAAAGCAUAUUCAUUGCAUGUAAAAUAUAUCGGCAUGCGAUGACGUCACAUCCGGUUUCGCCGCGUCUUGUGGGAAAACACCGGUUUGAAAUUAGCGCGAGGGUGGGGGCUUUCCACGAGGCUCACCUGAGCACAAGCAGUUUGCAGGCAUGAGAAAUCACAGUGAGAGCAACGCUUUUUCACCAUAUGUUAAUGUGAAGAGUGAACAGUAAAUGGUUAAUCUUACUGCGAUCUGGUUCUUAUUAACUGUGGUUUAUCCGGACGUUAAAUUCGGCGUUUCGUUACACCCGAAGGAGAACGUGACAGUGAAAAAGCGGCAUUAUCAGGUGUUUCAAGUGCUGCAAUGUCAGCUCAAUCCGGGAUCAAGUCGAUGGCGCCCAGCGACAAGGGCAGUAGAACGACAUCAAGUAAGUCCGCACAGGCAAGAGCCAAGGCAGAAGCCGCCAAGGUGCGACUGCAUUACGCCAAACAAGAAGCAGUUUUGAAAAUUAAACUGGCUGCCAGAGAAGCCGAAAGGGCCGCCAGAAAGGCAGAAGCCGCCAAGGUGCUACUGCGUUACGCCAGACAAGAAGCAGUUUGGAAAAUGAAACUGACCACCAGAGAAGCCGAAAUCCAGAAAGAAAAGGCUGCCAGACAAAGAGAAGAGGCUGCCAGACAAAGAGAAGAGGCCGCCAGAGAAGCCGAAACCCAGUUGGAAAUGACAAAAAUAUCGACAGAGUUGCAUGUGCUGCAGCUAGAAGGAGAAAGAGAAGCUGCCAGGGUGGAAGCAAAGUACAUAGAAGAAGCUGAAGGGUCGCGUGAUCUGACCGCAGUAAGAUCUACUUUAGAAAGGACCAGACUGGAACGCACAAGCGACUAUGUACAAUAUCAAAUAGACAGGCAGGCUCGUCUCCCCUCUCCAUACGUAUUCGAUAACUUCCCCAGCUACGAGGAACCUCAGAGAGUCACGGUUGCAUCACAUCCAUACGAGGAAGGAAAUUUACCCUCACGGCUCCGUGAUGAAGUCAAGAAUGAAAGAACCGACAACGCUCCUUCACCCCCACAACAGGACGGCGGGGAGGGAGAGGUUCACUCCAGGACAACAAUUGUCAGCUCGAACUGUACAGAAGUUUGCGGUCAAACUCAGUCAAGCCGUUCUUGUUCCGAGAUCUGCCUCACUGAGGUGUACCCUAAAGAAGCACAACAAGACAUUACCAAGCGUAAAGUAACCGACGAGACGCUAGGUCAGUCAGUUUUCAUUCAAACCGAGGAUGACAACAAACUUGCACAAUCAGCUCAAGAUACCAUUUCUUUAAAAAUCAAAGACACCAAGGUCUUCAGAGAUGAAGCAAAUAAUGGGGUUGCCCCAUUGCCAAUCAGAGAACCACGCCAGCGCUCACCAGAUAACCAAGAGCAGGCAGUCAAACGGUUCACGUCCUUACGGAAAACCCAGAAAAGGAAACCUGAGAUGCAGCAACGCACCCGAUUGGCCCACGAGGUACUGUGCACCCUAAUGGCAGAGGUCACAGCCAUUAUAAACGCACAAUCAUUCCUACCUGUGUCUUCUGACCCAGAAAACCCCUUUAUACUUUCGCCAUCAACGCUCCUUACGCAGAAGGCAGGAGCACCUCCUCCACCAGGAGACUUCUCAGACAAGGAUUUGUACACAAAGCAAUGGAGACAAGUCCAGGCUCUGGCAAAUCAGUUCUGGCCUCGCUGGAGACAAAAAUAUCUACCUUCGUUGCAACAGAGACGAAAGUGGACAGAACCCCGAAGGAAUCUUCAAGUUGGAGACUUAGUCCUGCUCAGGGACAAGCAAGUCGCUCGCAACAGCUGGCCAACUGCCAGAAUCACUGCUACAUUCCCUAGCGAGGAUGGACAUGUCAGGAAGAUCGAAUUGAAGACUACCGACCAAGGCGAUGUGAAAAUUUACCAAGGGCCAGUUACAGAAGUUAUUCUACUUCUACCCAAUGACUGAUUAAGAGACUAAGUUUUGUACUCUGCUCAUUGUGACCUUACGAAGGUCAAGCGGGGAGUGUGCUGUCUUUACGACAGUUAUUUAGUUUAUAAUAUUUUCGCUUAGUAAUUCAUUCAAUAGUAUUUUCUAGUUAGAAUUAGAAGUGUUUAAAGCAUAUUCAUUGCAUGUAAAAUAUAUCGGCAUGCGAUGACGUCACAUCCGGUUUCGCCGCGUCUUGUGGGAAAACACCGGUUUGAAAUUAGCGCGAGGGUGGGGGCUUUCCACGAGGCUCACCUGAGCACAAGCAGUUUGCAGGCAUGAGAAAUCACAGUGAGAGCAACGCUGUAAGUUAAUAGAUAAUCGAUAUAUUGAACUAAGAUAUUAAUGCUGAUCCUGUUAGAGGUAACGUCGGUAGAUAAUGUUUAUGCUUUCGUUAGUUAAAGAGUCGCGGAUAGUUUGCAUGGAAGUGUAUUUAAAGUAGUCAAUGGAGCAGGUAAACUCUCCCUGUAUACUGCACCUUAGUGUAAUGUAGUUAUAGUCACCUUUGCAAGUAUUUACACUUGAAAUGUGAUAUUAAGGAAGGAACAAAUACUGUAUCAAUCUUGUAUUGUUUUAUCAACAGUUUUCACCAUAUGUUAAUGUGAAGAGUGAACAGUAAAUGGUUAAUCUUACUGCGAUCUGGUUCUUAUUAACUGUGGUUUAUCCGGACGUUAAAUUCGGCGUUUCGUUACACCCGAAGGAGAACGUGACAGUUGUCGAUUUAAUCAGCAGGCCAGAUUGUAAAGACCAGGGUGUUGGGGCCUAAGGCAAAGGCCAGGGCAGUUCAUUUUGCUGCUCUGUAACACUUACUCAGCUCUGUGCUGAACUAUGAGUCUCAGACUCUUUUUGGGGACUUCAGUUCAGAAUGCUAUUUGGUUGCCAUUAUUGUUUGCAUGAUUAGUUUUUUUUCUCUCUGCACAUUGGAUGUUCAACCAUCUUUUUUUUAAAUAGUUUCUUUUGGGUUUCUUUUUUUGCUGCUGCCUGUUAGGAGAUGAAUCUCAAGAUUGUAUAAUAAAUGCACACUUUAAUAUAAAUGUAAUUCGAACUCAGAGUGUAUUCUAUAUGCUUAUUUCUUCCAGUACUUCUUUUGAACUUCACCUAGGGGUGCAGCUUGCUGACAGGCUUGAGUAUAGCACCAACACAGAGGCUGUGCACAAGAAGGGCCAAAGCUGUCUCUACUUCUGGAGGAGACUGAGGUUCUUUGGAGUAUGCAGGCCCCUCCUUCAUAUGUUCUAUCAGUCUGUUAUUGCCAGUACAACCUCCUAUGUGGUAGUGUGCUGGAGCAAUGGCAUCAACAUGGGUGAUUCCAACAGGCUCAACAAACUGAUCAGAAAGGCUGGCUCUGUUAUAGGAGUCAAACUGGACACACUGGAGGCAUUGAUAGAGCAAAGGACCCUACAGAAAAUCCUGGCAAUACUGGACAAUGUUUCUCACUUCUUCAUGCCACCCUAGCUAAACAGAGGAGCAGUUAGUAACAGACUAAGACAUCUGCACUGCUCCAGAGAGUGUGAUAUGAGGUUAUUCUUACCCUCGGCCAUUAGGCUCUAUAAUAAGUUAACUUAGAGCUGGGGAAGUGAUGACCCCUCCCCUGUUAGACUGUUUGAGGCAACUUUUUUUUUAAAUUCUUUCUUACUUCUCUUCUAAUAUUCCUGUAUCUGUGCACUUGUAAUGCUACUGUGACACUGUAAUUCCUUUGGGAUCAAUAAAUUAUCUA